AUGACUCUAAAUCUAGGAUAUGAUAAUAAUAAUGAAACGAUUGGUACAGAUUUUAAUGAUUUAAAAGAUUAUUCGACUAACAGAAUAUUAAAUGAUAGCGAAGCUUUAACUUCCGUACAACUAGAAGAUAAUUUGGAUGAACACUCAAAUAUUGAUAUAAGAGAAGUACAAGAUGAAUCAAUGGGAAAGUUGAAAAUCGACGAAACAACAAGAACAAAGAUAUUCCACGAUUACUUUACGACAGUUAAUAAAACUGAAUCUAAAUUACAACCAGAUAAAGAUUCAAGGAAUGAUUUUAAUGAAACAAUUAAUGAAAAUUUGAAUCAAACCGACAAAGUUCUAAUCCAAGUUGGGUUGAAUGGUUCGGAAAUAUUUUUUAAUAAUUCCUUAUUACAUCCCGAUACCCUUGUUCCUCCGAUAACAGGAAUCUUGCAAUCAACAAGACCCGAAUUCAAUGAAGAAUUACCGGAACCAAGAAAGCUAGUAUCCAUCCUGGGCCUCUUCGAAUUGACAGUGGGGGAUAUGCCGCGUGCAGAGGGCGCCUCCGAGCUGGCAGCAGCGCGGCUUGCUAUUAGCCACAUCAACCAACGGAGGCUCCUACCCGGGUACACAUUGCACCUCAUCACCAACGAUACCAAGUGUGACCCAGGCGUGGGCGUGGACCGAUUCUUCCACGCGUUGUACACGGAGCGUUCAUCGCGCAUGGUAAUGGUGCUCGGAAGCGCGUGUUCUGAUGUCACCGAGAGCAUCGCUAAGAUCGUUCCUUAUUGGAAUAUUGUACAGGUAUCGUUCGGUUCUACUUCACCGGCGCUGAGUGACCGCUCAGAAUUCCCGCUCUUUUGUAGAACUGUGGCCCCGGAUUCUUCGCACAAUCCCGCAAGGAUCGCCUUUAUCAGGCAACAUGGUUGGGACACGGUAACCGCAUUCUCUCAGAAUGAGGAGGUGUACUCACUGGCGGUGAACGAGCUGGUGACGCAGCUGGAAGCAGCAAACAUCACCUGCGCGGCUUCCAUCACUUUCGCAGAGUCGGACUUCAAGGAACAAUUGCAACAACUAAAGAAAUUGGAUAUCCGCAUAAUUAUUGGCAGUUUCUCCCAAGAAAUGGUGCCGAAGAUAUUUUGCGAGGCGUUCAGGCUGGGCAUGUACGGCGCGGAGUACGCGUGGCUGCUGGCCGUUCUUGACUCCAUUUAUGUAUUUUAUUUCUGCAGAUCAAUAAAGUUGUCCUCGCCUCGCCUCAACAACAUGACCCUCAUCGGAUGCGUGUUAGUGUACACGGCGGUGGCAUUGCUUGGAGUCGACAAUGCCACCCUGCCUUCCUUCGUGCCAUUUUCCGCCAUGUGCACUGGAAGGGUUUACAUUCUAUCGGCGGGAUUCUCUUUAGCGUUUGGGUCAAUGUUUGCCAAAACUUACAGAGUUCAUCGAAUUUUUAUAAGCAACCGAAGUGGCGUGUGCAAGACGAAGCUGCUGCAGGACACGCCGCUGAUAGCGCUGGUGUGCGCGCUGCUGCUGCUGGACGCGCUGGUGGUGACGCUGUGGGCCGUGCUGGACCCCAUGGAGCGCCACCUCCGCAACCUCACCCUCGAGAUCAGCGCCACCGACCGCGGCGUGCUCUACCAGCCGCAGAUAGAAGUGUGCAAGUCUCAAAACAUGACAGGCUGGCUCUGCGCGCUGUACGCUUACAAAGGUCUGCUUCUGAUCGUGGGCCUCUACAUGGCGUGGGAGACGCGCCACGUCAACAUCUCCGCGCUCAACGACUCCAAGUACAUCGGCAUCAGCGUCUACUCCGUCGUCAUCACCAGCACCAGCGUCGUCGUCAUCGGCACCAUCAUCUCCGAGCGCGCCACCCUAGCCUACAUCACCAUCACCGGUCUCAUCCUCAUCGCGACCACCUCCACUCUCUGCCUCUUGUUCCUGCCCAAGAUUAUCGCUAUUAGAAGUAACAACGAUCCAGUAAUCCAGAGUAUGGGUUUGAGACUGGAAUGUAAAACUAGAAGAUUCGUAACCGACGAGACUCAAGAGUUGCAUUUUAGAAUAGAAAUACAGAAUAAGGUGUACAAGCGCGAGGUGGCGGCGCUCGACAGAGAGAUCGGCAGGUUAGAGAGGCUGCUCGCAGAGCCCUUGGAGUCUGCCGGCUCCAGUGCCUCAGUAGCGCUGCAUCGACGGACGGAACUAAAUACAGUCGAGGAAGAGAGCAAAGGAAGCGGUCUGCAGAAGAGGGCGGGCAGCGUGGGCGGCGGCGGGCUGCCGCUGCUGCUGCUGUCGGUGCUGCCGCCGGUCAUCCCGCGCGCCAGCUGGCCCUCCGCCGCCGCCGCCGGCCGCGCCGACAACUCAGUAAGCUUUAGCUCGCAACCGAAACUAAACUAUAGGAAAUCUCAGCCGGCGAUAGAUCUCUACAACCUCUGCCUCAACAAAAGAGACGAGAACCACGGCUUCCUCAGUAGAUUAAAAAAUUUCUUCGGUAGUAGACCGUCGAGUAGAAAGGCGUCCACGAUGUCCAUAGCGGACCCCACCGGCCAGAGCAUCGCGGCCGCGCUCCGCAUGCACGUCGGCAUGCUCGCCGGCCUCGUGCCGCACGGGAACCGCCCCCUGGUCCUCUCCUGUAACACUCUUAACGUGCCCAACCCGGAGACCAAAUUAAGAAGAGAAUCGUACGCUAAAAGCGGCCCCAUCAUCAGAAUCAUCGACGACGAACCGUCUCGUUCGAAGUACUCGUCCGAAAGGAGUAUACCCUCGACGAACAAGUACGUCGCGGAGCCGGAGACUAGAGUAAACUUCGUCCUACCCACCGGUCAUAGGAAAUCGAUGUCCCAACAGAACUCCAGUGAGAGGAUAAAAGGUUCACCGAGGUUUCCUCACAGGAUAGCUCCGAGCGCGGCCAGCCUCUCCGCGCUGCACGGCCGCAGGAAGGCCAGCGCAGACAGCGUCUUUAACCUAUCUGGAGCGUUCGACGAACAGCGAAGGUUCAGUCACCAGAAUGUUUCUAACCAGGAAAAGACCAGGGCUACGAUAGAGAGUAGAUGGAAAUCCACAGAAGACGCAAUACCUGGACCUUCGGGGACUUAAACAAACUAUCUCGAUAUAUUGUGUGCCAAAUUUAUAAACUA